AUGGUUGCCACAAGAAGAAGAGUUAUCACCUAUGCCAUUGGCGAUCGGGUUGAGCUCGUUCGCACGGAAGGAAUCGACAUUGGGAUCCUUCUCUCCCAGCCCGAUGAUGAGGAUUACAACAUUCCCCAUUGGAUUGUAUCGGUUGAAGGAAUAGACACAGAAGAGGUGGUCUCCGAAAAGACCCUUGGCCGAGUUUUGGAUGGACAGGAGAGUGAUGACAGCAGCGAAAAGUCCACCGUCAAAAAGACUGCCGAGAAGAAAGUUGUCAAGAAAUCCUCCAAGACCAAGCCCAAACCGCCUAGCCGCAAGAUUGUCAAGGCCAAGUCAAAGACACGAUCCUCCAAGUCCAAGGGCCCAUCUCAGCCAGAGAACAUGCUGGAAGCACCAAGAAAACAUGCUACACCCAAACCGCGAAAGCAGGAGGGAGAUGAAAAAGUGACGGAGAUCAAGAUGAAAACGGGAAUUCUAUUCAUGUACCGUGGCUCCAAUUACCGGGUAGAAUUUGUUCGCACUGUUUAG